UCCUCACAACGUGUCUCGACCUUCGUGCGGCUUCGUCAUUGUCUUCCAUCUGCGCCGACCCAUCGACGCCUACUAGCCUCUUAGCGUCCGCGCGGCAUCGAUCGGGUUGCCCCGUCGCUGGUUUUCACGGCCUUCGCAUAAACAAUUCAUUCCACCACUUUCUCCGACGAGCGAACACCUCCCACCUUUGGGCUCCUUUUCGACCCGACACUUGACUCGGCUUUUCAACACCACCUUCUGAUUGAAUUAGAGUCGACAAAUCAUCUGACGAUCGACUUAAUACCUUCUUACUGGCCUUCCUGUUCUUGAGGAAGCGCACUCCGUCGGGCACCACCUUUCGCCUCUCCUACGACGAAAAUGAAACUCUCACGACCUUCUUUUAAUCCCGGGCGGACAAAAAACAUCAUCCAUGGAGUGCAAGCACUGCUGAUUUUCCUGGCAUGGGCUUUGACCAUCGCCGUCUUCACGAAGGGUGAUGGGAUCGAUGGGCGAUCGGCCUGGUAUUGGGCUCUGUGCUGGUUCAGUAUCCCCGGUUUGAUUUACCUCGUCGCAGUGCCCAUGUGGCCGCGCGCACGACGCUUCGGAAAUGUUUACGCCUUCGCGACCGUCGACUGCUUCUACGCUCUUCUUUGGUUCACCGCAUGGAUCUGUGUCGCCAGCUACGUUGCGCAGGGCAAGUCGGAGGGCAAGUCGGAUGACGAUAAGGAUAAGGACAAGGAUAGUGACAAGAAGAGUGGGUGUGAUAACUGGAAGUACGGCAGUGCCAGCAAAUGCAAGGUCAGCACCGCCACGGUGAUCAUGGGAGUUGUUAUCUUCCUUCUUUUCGUCGCAACUGCCUUCAUGUCCUUCCGCAAUGUCAUGCACUUCCGUCGAACGGGCACUCUUCCCGAUGCUGUCUCCGACCCUACCUUCGCCGCGCAAAGCAAGGCCGCCUUCUCUUCCAACCCGCACGAAUUUGACGAGGAGGAGGAUGACUUCCGGUCGCGCGCCGGCAUGGGCUCCUCGGUCCGCGGCGACCGCGACGAGGACUACGCUCUCCUGCAACAGAACGAGGCGGAUGAGUUCGGAAAUCCGAACCAACGCUCGGCGAUGCACGGCGGCUACGACCCGACCGCAUCCAACACCGGCAGCGUGCCACAGAGCGACAACCCGUACACCAGCUAUGGCGGUGCAUAUGGACAGCACUACGGCCAGCCGUCGGAAUUCGGAUCCAACCAUUGGAUCCACGGAUACUCGCAGAGUUUGAAUCCCCAAAGUCCAAUUGAGUGGAAUGGCGGUGCACUUAUGUCUAUCCUGGGAUCUUAUCACAUUGCCUUCCAUCAAACCCCAAGCACACCAGCAGCCGUCACCAUGGCCAGCAGCGUCGACCUCUUCCACCACUACCCCCUGCACCUGGACCCCAGCUCGAAGGCGAUCUCACUCGAGCCCUCGACCUCGCAAUCGGCGCACCAGAGCAGCACCAUCAACGAAGAACUGCAAGAGCUGAACGCACUGCACCGCGCCCUCGUCAGCCUCGACCCUCCCAACAUCCCUCCUCCCCCCCUCCCCAUCAACCCCAAGCGCAGCGCCCAGAUCACCAAGCUCCGCGACUCCGCCAACGCCGGCUACCGCAAGAACAACCACGCCGAGGCCAUCCGCCUGUACACGUAUGCCAUCGACAUGGCGCUGGGCCGACCGGGCUGGGAGCCCGUGGCGCUGACGCGCGACGAGCUGGCGGGUCUGUACUCGAACCGGGCGCAGGCGCACAUGGCGCAGCAGAACUGGCCCGAGGGCAUGCUGGACGCCAAGACGGCUGUCGAGAGCAAGCCCAUGGCGAAUGUCAAGGCGUGGUGGCGCGCGGCGAAGUGUCUGGCGGAGAUGACGAGGUGGGAGGAGGCGCAGACGGUUAUCGAAAAGGGUCUGGAUAUUGAGGGCCGUGAGAGCGAGGGCGGUAAGGAGCUGCUUUCGCUCUUGGAGGAGGUCGAGCAGGGUUUGAAGCGCGCGGCUUCGUCGUCCUAG